AUGUCGAUCGACACGGAAACGCAACGAUUAGUGGACGAAGUUUUCCCCAUUUUUAAGAACAAUCUGAAAGCAGCCCCAAUUACCGAAGCGGAGCUGGAACAACUGCACCGGCGACUGCAGGAACAAAAGCUGUUGCCGUAUGUUUAUGAAUCGUUCUUUGUGAAAGUCGACAAACUUCUCCAGCACGUUGUGGUACCCCAGUUUUGGUCCCGCUUUCUUCCACCACCAUCGCCCAAAGAAUUGCCCCGGGCCAGCUUUAUACAGUUUCACAGCGCAGUGAAAGAGCUGUACGAACAGUUUGCCUUCUUCCGGCGUCAGUUAAAGCGUCUGGAAGUAGUAUGCCCCACAAAGGAUGUACCGUUGGUGAAGCGCAAGCUACCCAGUGAAGUGUUUGUGUUUUGCAAUCACUUGCACGCCACGCUGCAUGCGCAGCUGCCACCGGAUUUUAACGAUAUCGUGUACCGUUUCUACGCCAUUGCGUUCCGCGUGUUCAUUUACAGCCAUUUACAGGAUGGGGACGAGUAUAUGGACGUGACGGAAGCGAAUCGGUGUAUGGCGUGCAGUAUGCACAGCGCCGACUGCCAGUGUCAAGCUAUUGCGGAUGCGUUCACUAGCACAAACCGAUAUCUGGCGCUGAUGGGAAUGCUGGAUGACAUCUCCGGUCAUACGCUGAACCAGCUGAUACAGGAACGCAUCGACGCGAAGGUGAAUGAAACGAAGGAAAACUACUCGACGUCGCAUGUGGAACAACUGGAACUUUGGCUUUAUACCGUGGUAAUGCAAUGGUUGACGCGGAUCUACAACAAAGGUUCGCUGAAAAUCAAACCGGAACACAAAAAAUUGCAGCGCAACAUCGAGCAGAUACAGAGCAAGUUACUGUUCUACAUGUACGACAAGUACGCCAACAUGAUCGUCGAUCAGUUCUUCGAGAUUAUCAUCAAUUUCCCUAUGUCCCGAUCGGCGGUUGAUGAUCUAAAGCUGUGCCUGAGCAAGAUUAGUCUGAAACGCUGCUUUGUGACCACCGUACGUGAGAUGUUGCGCGAACGAUUGCUACAUCCGGGCGUGGAUACUCCGGACAUACUGACUGGGUAUGUUGCUGCACUGAAAACGUUGGCCCAUUUCGAUCCGAGUACGGUGUUACUGCGUUCCAUUACCAAACCCAUCAAAGAGUAUCUGCGAGGGCGGCCCGAAACGGUCCGUUGUGUCGUAACCAGCUUUACCGGUGAUGGAACUUCAGACCUGGGAGAAGAACUAGCCAAGGGGGAAACCGUAAAGCCGAAGACACCGAACAGCGAUAAGCUCGAUGAUGCGGAUUGGCGUAACUGGCAACCGGAUCCGGUUAAUAUGGCUCCGGCUGCGUUGAAAUUUAUUGCCUCCGAUAAGCGAGCGGACAUCAUCUCCAUGGUGGUCGAUAUCUACGGCAGCAAGGAAAUAUUCGUCACCGAGUACCGGAACUUGCUUGCGGAACGAUUGCUGUCCCAGGUUGAGCUUAGCAUCGAGAAGGAGGUCAAACAUUUGGAGCUGUUAAAAUCACGGUUCGGCGAAAACAUGCUGCACAGCUGCGAGGUGAUGCUGAAGGAUAUAACGGAAUCAAAACGCAUCAACGCACACAUUCUUUCACCCGAUUCCGGUGCUACGGAGGCGGUACCGAGCCAGGUAUCUGCCCUCAUUGUUUCGUCCCAAUUUUGGCCAACGUUCCGGAAGGAAACCAUGGAAUUACCCGCUUCAAUUAAGGAGAUGUUUGAAAAGUACACAAAGGCGUACGAAUCGUACAAGGUGAACCGGACAUUGCAAUGGACCCCAUUGAACGGGAAGGUUACAAUCGAGCUGGAGCAGAAUGGGAAAAUACAAGAGAUGCAGGUCACUCCUACCCAGGCAGCUAUCAUUAUCCAUUUCAGCGAGCAGCCACAAUGGGAAUUGGACAGCUUAAGCCAGAAGAUGAACAUGCCUCCGAUCGUGCUGCGGAAACGCAUAGUGUACUGGCAAGCGCAAGGUGUCAUUCGCGAAACGAAGGAAAAUCUGUUCGUGUUGGUAGACAAAAGUGCGGAAAGCGAAGUGUGUCCCGAUGCGAUCCAAACGCAACCGACCGACGUGUGCGAGGAGGAAGAAGCGGAAAGUGCAAUGGAAUCGGCAAGCGAUCAGCGCGAAGAAGAACUGCAAGUGUUCUGGUCGUACAUCGAAGCGAUGCUGACCAACCUGGACUCGUUGCCGCUGGACCGUAUACAUCAGAUGCUGAAAAUGUUCGCCUCACAGGUGGAUUUUACGCAGGACGAGCUGAAACACAUCCUGCAGCGUAAAGUCCGGGAACAUAAGCUCGUAUAUGCAGGUGGCGUGUAUCAGCUUCCAAAGUCGUAA